AUGUGUCGACCAUAUCUCCUCAUUACCAGGCUUCCGGAGCUUCCUGACUCGCCGUGGACCGUCAUGACCAUCUCGCAGGACGAGAAUGGCUCUCUCACGUCUGUUAUCUCCAUGGAUCCGCUGCCCGAGAUCCGCACAGAAUGGCAUGAACAGCACGUCGACAUCUUGACCCUGAAGAGCACGAGAAGUUUUCGAUCUGGAGUUCAUGAGGCCCGAUAUAAUGAUGUACCUACCAUCGCCAAGAUCGCUUGUUUUGAAUGGGAGAUGCGCAGAAUUGAACGUGAAAUAUGGGCGUAUUCACUGCUGGAAGACCACCAUAACCAACACCCAAACAAAUCACCCAUUGUGCCCAAGUUCCUCGCUCAUCUGACUGAGAAUGGCAGGAUCAUGGGCCUUCUCCUGGAAAAAGUGAAGGGGAGUCAGCUUGCGCCGACGAUUUGGAGCGCUGCGAAACCCUUCCUUGUUGAUCGAGUUUCUGGAAGCAGCGUGCGGUUGGUCGACUUUGAACACACAGAGGACUUUGAUGAGUUGCUGGCCAGGGAAGAGCUGCUAUCAUUACCAGCCGAAUUGACGGAGGAAAGUGGACGGGGAGCGACCAUAGAAGUGAAAUGA